AUGGGUUCUCCAAUGCCCCAAAGGACCUACAGGAUAUUUUCGAUCAUUAUUGCGCUUUUCAUUUCUUACAUACUAUUUUCACUCCUGAUUGGAAACACCCCAGAAACUCUAUGGCCGCAGAACCUAUCCCGGUUUUCGCAAAGUGGCAUUCGCGAUGGAGCGCUCGACCGCAUCUCCAAUGGCACCCUCGGGUUCGAGCACGUAUAUGCUAUUGGCUUGAAAGAGCGUACAGACAAGCGCGAUUUCCUCACGGUAUCAGCCGCGGUUUCUGGCUUUCAAGUGGAAUGGCUCGAUGGUGUUCGACCACAAGAACUACAACAGAAGGCACUACCUGAGGGUUACAACCUUUCAGUGACGGACCCCAAUGCGAUCGGAUGUUGGCGAGCUCACAUGAAUGCAUUGAGCAAUGUUCUAACAAACUCAUAUUCAACCGCCUUGAUACUUGAAGACGAUGCCGACUGGGACGUGAACAUCAAAUCCCAACUCCAAGAAUUUGCUCACGGCCUACACUCUCUGAAAGGAAGCAAACCAACUGAGCAGACUCCUUAUGGAACCGACUGGGAUCUACUUUGGAUUGGAGGAUGCGCGUCAGGGCCAGAUACGAAUGAAACCCGAUACUACGCCAUACCCGAGGACCCAACAGUCCCGAGUGUCAAAAAUCGCGGUACAUGGUCCGGACCCCUUGACAGCUGGAAGGAAGUCUUUCCUGAAGACUCAACGCGGUUUGUCUACCGCGCCAGGGAAGGCUGUUGCACCUAUGGUUAUGCCGUCUCAAACCGAGGGGCGAAGAAAAUCCUCACUGCUCUCGCCAUUGACCACAUAGAGGCGCCGGUCGACAAUGCCAUGUCUGAAUUGUGUGGUGGUACUGGUGAUCGUCAGCGGAUUGAAUGCUUCGCGCCAUUCCCUAACCUAAUCGGCACAUAUAGACCAGCGGGUCCGGCAUACAAAGAUUCAGAUAUCCAGAGCGGCGACCAGACAAUUCACGAAGAAGUUGCCCAUAACAUGGUAUACAGCACGAGGCGCAAUAUACACAGACUGAUAUCUGACGAGGAAAUCAUUAUCUCGCAAUGGGGCAAGGAGUCUUGGUCACCAGCAGAAAUCCGUCCCAAGGAGUUUGUCUACCCACAAGGCUACCUUGUUAACUAG